AUGGCACCAGGAGAUGCAAACUCAGAAAACCAAGCGGUUGAUCGAGCCGCACUUCGUGAUCAAAUGCUCGCCGCCGCGCAAGCAGGUGCUUCCCAAGAUGACAAUGAGGAACAGCCCACGACGGAGGGCCUGAACGAGGAAGAUGCGCUUCGGAACCUGACCGGUGCUGUCCGAGACCAGAAUGAACUUGAACGAGACAUCACUCUCCAAGCCAACGCUGCGUUGAUGGAAGCCGAUGACAAGAAGGAUCAGAAUCGUAUCGACAAGCUGCAAGCAACCAAACAUCGGCUUCAAUUACAGUUGGACAAGGAGAAGAAGCGCCUCGAGAAAGUAGGCACAAACAUUUACCAGUCCCGAAAUAUCCAGAAGGAAAUCGCCAAGUUGGACGACGAGAUUCAGCAAGUCAGCAGCGACAUCUCGGAUUUUCAGGCACGUAUCGAGAAGCGACACCAGGAGAACCCUGUCGAGGAUUCAAAGCAAGCCAAAUCCAAGAAGCUUCCAGGCGAAAGCAAUCGCGAGUUUCUCAUCCGAACUGGCAAGAUUACGCCUUUCGCCAAGAUUGGUGGACCACGACCAGCCGGCAUUGAGGGACAGCUCGCGGAUACGAUUUUGGAUGCAGAGGAAGAGGCUGCAGCAGAGCAGUUAGAUGAGGAGUUCGCAGGCCCGACCUCUCACCAACGCCUCCGGCGCCCUGGCUUUGCUGACGAGCUCGAGCCCGAAACGACUAAGCCGGUGACCAAGCCAGAGACCACCGCAGUUGAGACUGAGUUUUCUCUCCGACCAAGGAAGAAGAGACGUAUUCAGAGAGAUCGAAGCCCAUCUGCCGAUUUUGAGCCUGAAGGAACCCCUGGUUCUGAAUCAGGAGAUGAUGCUGUUUGGCAGCAAGGAACCGAGGAUGAUCUCGUCCGGGAACAACGCCGCAAGGCGAAGGCCAAAGCUAAACUCGUCGAGCAAAACGCGAUUGAUCUUAGCAAGAUCGAUGACGGAAACGCGGCGCACUACAAGAAGAGGUUGAACGAUUGGGUCACCCGUAGAAGUCGCGCGAGACGAGCACGCAGACAGGGAACUGAGACCGGCGGCGACGCCGACCAGAGCGACGAGGAGGAAGAGGAAUGGUUCAAGCCUGCUCCAGACUUUCCAGAUCACCAUUUUGGGGAGGGACUCAAACUCCCUGGGGAUAUUCACCCCUCCCUUUUCGGAUACCAGAAGACUGGUGUUCAGUGGCUUGCGGAACUCUACAAGCAGCAUGUUGGAGGUAUCGUGGGCGAUGAGAUGGGAUUGGGCAAGACUGUGCAACUGAUCGCAUUCCUCGCGGCUCUUCACUACAGCAAAAAGCUCACACGCCCUGUCAUUAUUGUUGCUCCAGCCACGCUCCUACGACAAUGGGUAAGCGAGUUUCAUCGUUGGUGGCCACCCCUUCGCGUGGCAAUCCUCCACGCUUCUGGUAGCGGCAUGAUGGAUCCCAAAGCCGAGGACGAGGCAGAUUUGGAUCAUUUCAAGCCUCUCGCGACCAAAUCAGAAAAGGCUGCAAGAAGGAUUGUCAACGGAGUUGUCAAGAAUGGCCAUGUUCUGGUGACGACCUAUGCCGGCCUUCAGACUUACGCAGACACCCUGCUGCCAGUUCAAUGGGACUAUGCCGUUCUUGAUGAAGGACACAAGAUUCGUAAUCCCAAUGCUGAGAUCACGGUCAGCUGCAAAGAACUCAACACCCCCAACCGUGUCAUCCUUUCAGGAACACCCGUUCAAAACAAUCUGACCGAGCUAUGGUCUCUAUUUGACUUCAUCUACCCUAUGCGCCUGGGAACGCUUGUCAAUUUCAGAACACAGUUUGAGAUCCCAAUUCGGCAAGGCGGUUAUGCCAAUGCCUCCAACUUGCAAGUCAUGACUGCAGAGAAAUGUGCCGAAGCUCUGAAAGAGACAAUCAGCGAGUAUCUACUCCAGCGAUUGAAAGUCGACGUUGCUGCUGAUCUCCCCGAGAAGACGGAGCAGGUCUUGUUUUGCAAGCUGACAGACGGGCAACGCAAAGCUUAUGAGACAUUUCUUAAAUCUGAUGAGGUCUCGUCCAUCUUGUCCCGAACACGCCAAUCCCUUUAUGGGAUCGAUAUUCUCCGCAAGAUCUGUAACCACCCCGAUCUGCUGGACAAGAGUCUUGCAAGCAAAGAUGGAUACGACUUUGGCAACCCCAAGCUUUCCGCCAAACUCCAGCUGACCAAAGACUUGCUACAAAAGGUCAUGAUCCCCAAUGGUCACAAGACUCUUCUGUUUUCUCAAGGAAAACAAAUGCUCAACAUUAUCGAGAAGUGCAUCAGAGAAUGCGACAUCAGCUACGUUCGAAUGGAUGGCGAAACUCCCGUUGAUCAACGCCAGCCCAUGAUUGACAAGUUCAACGAAGAUCCAAAUAUCCACGUGUUCCUCAUGACAACGAGAACCGGAGGACUGGGAACGAAUUUGACUGGCGCCGACCGGAUCAUCAUCUUCGACCCAGACUGGAACCCGUCGACUGAUCUCCAGGCCAGAGAAAGAGCAUGGAGGCUGGGCCAGAAGAAACCAGUGAAGAUCUACCGCUUGAUGACUGAGGGAACGAUCGAGGAGAAGAUUUAUCAUCGUCAGAUCUUCAAGCAGUUCAUGACCAACAAGGUGCUGAAGGACCCAAAGCAGCGAAGCAGCUAUGAUCUGUCAGAUCUCUACGAUCUCUUCAGUUUCAACCCAGUGGGAGAGGCGGGAGCUCAACGAAGUGAAGUCUUCAAAGGGGCUGAAGUUGACUUGGCUAAUGCUGAUGGAGGAGAGGGCGGAGACCGGAACGUACAGCCCAUCAGCAGCAUUGGACGUGACACCAACGACGCUGAGGGUAGAGAACUUCAGCAGAUGGAUCUGGUGGCUGCUAUGGAGGAGUUCAAAGAAGACAAGUCUGCUCAUGAUGAGAAGCGCAUGCUGGAGGGCAUCUUUGCAAAGUCUGUCAACAGCGCCUACGAUCAUGAACAAAUCGUCAACGGGCCCCAGAAAGCCAAGGCGGACAUGUCUGUCCUUCGACAUGAGGCGAACCAAGUCGCCCGCCAAGCCGCGGCACACCUUCGUCAGGCUGGCUUAGAGGCACGCAGAGUCCCGAUCGGUACUGUGACAUGGACCGGAGAGGUUGGACAGGCUGGUCGCCCAGGAGGUAACCGUCGGCGUGGAGGACCUGGCUCCACAGGCAUUAUUAGUAACCUGGCUGAUCGUCAAGGUCUCGACGGUGGAAGUGGAAGCAGCUCACGAUCCGGUACCCCAGGCUCGGACAGGAAUCUCAAGGCAAAGGACUUCGUGGCGAUGAUCAAAACCUUCAUCAACCGUCAGGGCGGCCGGGUUCCCAGCAAGAUGCUGGUGGACCAUUUCAACCCGUACUGUCCAAACAAGAAACAGAGCGACGAGUUCAAAGCUGCUCUGGAUAGAGUUGCCGUGCUCAACAAGUCUGGCGGCACGGGCAGAGGAAUCUGGACAUUGAAACCGGGAGUGAAGUGA